UUUUGUAUUAAAUAUUGCAAAGUUUAUUGAUUUUAUACUAUUCACGUGGUACUAAUAAUGGCUUUAACUGUAACAAAAACAUCAAAACACAAGUUGAACCAUUUUCAGGAUAUUCGUUCAUUUUUCAAACCAAAGACAGCCAUAAAAGAUGAUGAUAGUGAUGUUAUACCGGAAUCACCUCAAAUGGAGAUCAAAAAGAAGGAGAAGAAGCCACGAAGGAAAAGGGCAAUAUCAGAUGAUUCAGAUGAAGAUGUUCAAAAAAAGAAAAUUCCAAAGAAAGAAGAAGAUUUGAAUAAAAGAAAACAAAAUAAAUCUAAUCAUAACACAUUGAAAGAGGUUAAAUCAGUUGACCUUUUUGAUAAUGGAUCAAUAAAAAGAAGUGAACCUUUAUUAGUUAAGAAAAAUAAGAAAACCGAAACUGGAAUUCAUUCAGAUGAUGAAUUCGAAAUGAGUCUUUUAGAACUUGAUCAAAUUGAAGAAUCGGAAGGUACAAAUAAAUCAAAAGAUGACAAUAAAGAAAAAGAUAAAACAGAAACAAAUCAAUCAAUGAAUAAAAAAAUUAAAGGCACUGUAACAAAACUAGAAAAAAGUCCUACAAAAAGAGAAGAACAGACGGUCAAACCAGAAAGAACUCCAAAAGAAAAAUCUAAGGAAACAAAGAAAAAUUUAGAAAGGGACCUACAGAUUAAUGAUGAAAAAAGUCCAAAAGAAAAAUCAAAGCAUGCAAAGAAUAAUUAUAAAAAUGAUACACAUAGAGAUGAUGUUAAAAUAAAUGGGGUUGAAGAAACAAAGGCAGAUUUCAGUGAAUUUAUUGAAAACAGUCAAACCGAAGAAGUUCGUAAAGGCAAGAAACGGAAAAUGGAUAAAAGUCUUAAUGAAUCUGUUCUCACAGAUGAAGAAAGACACGAAAGGAAAAUCAUGUCAGCAGCACUUUACAAAAAUUAUUUAAAUAGAUCUGGACCUAAACAUUUAGGUGCAAAAGAAAUUCCAAAGGGUACACCAGAUUGUUUAAAAGAUUGUGCCUUUGUUCUAACUGGAGUAUUAGAUUCAUUUGAAAAAGAAGAUAUUACAAAAGCAAUAAACAGUUUUGGGGGGUGUGUUAAAAGUGCUGUAACGAAAAAGGUAACGCAUGUCCUUGCAGGAGAGGACCCGGGUCCAGCAAAAAUGGCUAAAGCUGAAGAGCUGGGGAUCAAAAUAAUCAACGAAGAUGAAUUCUUGCAAAUGAUUAUAGAUUUAUCUAACAAAAAUAAAACUAUAAUAAAAGAAGAACCUAAAUCGGCAAAGAAACAACCCAAAAAAGUACAAUCUAAAUCACCAACAGAUAAAAAAGAGAAUGAUACCAAAAUAGAUGUUAAAGCAAUAAAAAUUAAAUCUAAAAGUGAAAUUAAAACAGAAACGAAAAUAGAAAAAAUAGAUAUAAGUAUGCAUAAAAGUAAAUCUGAGGGAAAAUCAGAUAUAACCGAAAAUGCGAACGAAGGAAAAAUACAGCAACCGGAACCAACUAAUACUGGUGUCUUCAAAUCGGGUGCUCAAACAGUGAACACCAUGUUAUGGGUAGACAAAUACAAACCAGUGAGCGUUAAACAAAUCAUAGGCCAACAUGGACCUAACAGUAAUGUUAAAAAACUGACAAAUUGGUUGACAAAAUGGUAUGCCAAUCGAAAAGCUAAGCUUCCUAAACCUAAUCCAUGGGCUAAGAAUGAUGAUGGGGGUUACUAUAAAGCGGCCCUACUUUCUGGACCUCCUGGUGUUGGUAAAACAACUACAGUGUCUCUAGUGUGCAAGGAAUUGGGCUUUGAUGUGGUGGAAUUCAAUGCAUCAGAUACCAGGAAUAAAACAUUAAUAAAGGAGCAGAUCGGAGAACUGCUGACAACUACUUCAUUAUCAGGAUAUGCCAGAGGUGAUACAAGUAAACAAGCUAUUUCAAAAAAACAUGUUUUAGUAAUGGAUGAGGUUGAUGGUAUGGCUGGUAACGAAGAUAGAGGUGGUUUACAAGAAUUAAUUGGUUUAAUAAAGUCAACAUCAGUGCCCAUAAUUUGCAUGUGCAAUGAUAGAAAUAGUCAGAAGAUGAGAUCACUGGUCAACUACUGCUACGACCUGCGCUUCAACAGACCAACUGUUGAUCAGAUCAAGUCAGCGAUGAUGUCGACGUGUUUCAAAGAGCACAUAAAGAUCCCUGGCGAGGCGCUGUCGCAGCUGAUCGUAGCCGCGGGGCAGGAUGUGAGGCAGACGCUGCACCUGCUCUCAAUAUGGGCCGCAGAUCCCAACCUCGCUGAUUCUGAACGUCUCAAGAAUGAUGCUAAAAGGAUCAAGAAGGAUAUUAAAUUGGGUCCAUGGGAAGCAGUAAGAAAGGUGUUUACAGAGUCUGAGCACAAGAACAUGUCAAUAAAUGACAGAUCGGACCUCUUCUUCUACGAUUACAGUCUGGCGCCGCUCUUUGUGCAGGAGAAUUACAUACAAGUGGUGCCACAUUGUCCCAAGUAACGUUUUUAUUUGUGCAAGGUAUUGGAUCGUCUGAGCAUGGCAUCGGACAGCAUCAGCCUGGGUGAUCUGGUGGAUGCGAGGAUACGAGGCAGUCAAGCUUGGAACUUACUGCCCAUACAGGCGAUGUACAGCUCGGUGAUCCCGGGACAGGCGAUGGCGGGACACGUGGCCGGUCAGAUACAGUUCCCCGGCUGGCUGGGGAAGAACUCGCGCGCCGGGAAACUGCAGCGCCUCGGACAGGAGAUACACGCGCACACCAGGCUCAGCACCUCCGGUUCGAAGUCUUCAAUAUUCCUGGACUAUGCUAUGCACCUGCGAGAUGCGGUUGUACAUCCGCUACUCACUCACAAGGCUGACGGCAUCCAGCAGUCUCUGGAUGUACUGGAGUCUUACCAUCUCCUGAGGGAGGACUUGGAUUCUCUCAUUGAAUUGUCCCUGUGGCCCGGACAACGCAAUCCUAUGAUAUUAAUUGAUUCUAAAGUGAAAGCAGCAAUGACUCGUCUAUACAACAAGCGCGCGAGUGCGCUGCCAUACGCACCUGGCGCCGUGCGACGCGCAAAACCUACGGAUAACGACCUGCAAGACACAAACGACCUUCUCGAACAAGACGAGAACGACCAAGAAGAUAAACAAGAGGAUAGCGACCCAGAGAACGACGCGAUGAUAAAGAAAAAGAAAGUCAAUACAGAUAAAGCAGCGUCUAAAGAUAAACCGAGUACAAGCAAGGAAAAGAAGAAAAAGAAAUAAUAAAAAAUACUACUUGAACAAUAACUUGGGUGUAUCUUUUUAUGAUGUAUCUUUUACAAGCUAAUAUAAAUACUUGAACUCUUGCAAGCUAGUUAUGGAAAUUGUAUGUAGUGAUA